AGGAGCUGUUGCCUUGGAAACAGUUGAGAGGGAGGUAGGGCUGCAAACAAAUCAGUGCUGAGCAGCGGAGAAGGGACAGUGCUGGGAGCCAGUUGACAUCUGGUGGCAGGUCACGGUGAAAAAGAAUACCAAAGAAUCAAAUGGCACACAGGUUAAGCAUGGCUCUUCAAGAAAAGCAACACCUUCUAAACUUUGCUGAUAUAUUUGAUGAAGAUGAAGCACAGAGAUCCUUUCUCAUGUCCAAACCCACUUGCUUCCUCAUUGUCGGCAAACCUGGCACUGGAAAAGCCACUUUAGGGAAGAUGAUUUCCCAGGCAUGGAACUGUAUUUUUAUUGAGGCUAAGGAAUUGAUUACUGAUCAUAUCAAAAGAGGAACAGAUCAGGGCAAUAAGAUGCAGGAGCUCCUUUAUCAGGGCUUGAGCAUUCCUGAGGAACUGGUAACACAUUUAAUUUUGGACAAGAUAAAUUCUCCAGAGGUUGCUCAUCUUGGAUACGUGCUAUGUGGGUUUCCCUCUAUAUGUGAAGAAUAUAUAAAGAUCUCCCAACAAAUUGAACUGAUUAAAAAUUUCAAGUUAACCCCAGAUAUUAUAAUUAAUAUUAAGUGCCCAGAUGCAGAUCUAGGAACAAGACUGUGUGGCCUAAAGCAAGACCCAGGCACAGGCAUUAUUUAUCAGAGAGAAGACUGGGAUCCUGUCCUCAAAGAAAAACAGAAGAAAAAACCAGGAGGAGAAGGCGAGGAAGAAGAGGAGGGGGAGGAGGAAGAGGAAGAGUUGGAAGAAGAACAGGAAGAAGAAAUGUCACUAACCGAAAAGCUUGUUUAUAGGCCUGAAGACUUUCCUGAAAAUGUUGAUGAACGUAUAAAGAUAUACAAAGAUAUUCUUCUACGCCCUGUGGAGGAUCUAAUGAUUGACCAUGAUCCUCACUAUCUCAUAGAGCUGGAUGGAAAUAUGAAACCACAGAACAUUUUUGGAACAGUAUUAUCCCGUCUUGAAUCUUUGGGGCUUCGGGUUGGAUCAGUUGUGACGAGGUUGCAGAAUUCUGAGGAAGAAGAUACACUGCAGGAAACAGGUGGUGAGCAACUCCUGCGAUUACUGGCAUCUAGCUCUUUGAUUGCCCCAAGAUAUAGGUGGCGCAGAAGCAGAUGGGGUCAGACAUGUCCUGUUGCUUUAAAGGAAGGAUAUAUUAAAAGAGGACUAGCAGAGCAUGCUGUUAGUUUUUUAGAUAAAAUGUAUUUGAUGUCUUCAGAAGAGGCACUUAGGAAAUUUAUGCAAAAUCCUCGUCAAUAUCUCCUUCCUCCUAUGCCACUGCCACCUUGUAAAGUAGCAGUGGUUGGACCAAAGUGCUCUGGAAAAACCACCCUUUGUAAUUUGGUAGCCAGAAAUUAUGCUGGAAAGGUCCUUGAUAUGUCUCUGCUUAUAAAACCAUUUGCUGAAGAAGCAAAGAAAAAUGUUAUAGAAAAGGUUAUGGAAGAAGCAACUGAACUGGCAAUUAAAACAGUGAAAAUUAAGCUACAAGAAGAGAGGAUUAUGAAAGAACAAGACAAACCAGAAGAAACAGAGGGAACACAAGAGCAGGAAGAUCAAACGGAAAUGCCAGAAACUUUAGCUGCAGAGGAAUCAGAAGAGAUUACUGCUGAUCAUCCAGAGGUCCUAGAAAUAGUGGCUGAAGCUGUGAAAGCUGCAAGUGAGACACCGGUGACACUUACUCCAGAUCUGUAUGUAGCUGCACUAGAAAAAGCAAUAAAUGAGUUGCAUGAAGAAAAUAAAGAGAAAUUUAAUAGUGAUCCACCUGCUGGGGGAUGGGUACUGGAUAAUUUCCCUAACUCUCCAAAUUGCUGGAUAGCAAUAGCAGACAGGGGACUUCUCCCAGACACUGUCAUUUGUUUAAGAGAUUCAGCAGAUAACGGAAAGUACUUGCUGAACAGAUUGUACCUUAUGAAUGAACAGGACAUCAAUGAUAAUAUUAUUCAAAGACUUCAAAAAGAAAGAGCAAGGAAGCUGCAAGAAGAGGAGGAGGCAAGGAAUGAACAGCUACAAAUAAUGAGACUGCAGCAAGAAGAAAAACAGAGACAAGAGCAUCAGGAAAGCUCAGAGGAUGGAAUGGAAGUGUCUCCAGAAUCAAGUGAACAGCCAUCUCACAUUGUUUCAGAACAAGCUAUAUCUUCAGUACCCGUUACUUCAAAUGAAGAAGCUCAGAGCAACAUGUCAGAACUAGAAAUUAUUUUGCCAGAAGUCUCAGAAGGUGGAAUCCCAGAUGUGCCAGAAAUGGAGCCACUGAAAGAGCUUAUUACCAAAUUUAAUGAAGGAUGGCUUCUGAUAGAGCCGAUAUUUAAUGAUACAACAAACCAGAUUCUCACAUAUUUGGAAAUAAAAGAGAAAUCGCCGGAGAUAAUGCUACAAGAAACUGUCAGUUCUAUGGAGAAACCAUUUAAGUAUUAUGGUUGGGAAAUGACAUCAGAAGACAUAGAUGAAGAAGCUGAAGACAUGCAAGCAGAGCUGGAUUCUGAGGAACAAGAACAGGAGGAGAAUGAAAAUGAGGGAGGAGAAGAAGAAGAAGAAGAUGAAGAUCGUAUUCGUGAAAAGAAGAGAAACUAUGGGGAUUCCAAACACUUUUGUCCAGUGGCUCUGAAAGAUAAUUGUGUUCUCUAUCCUGGAGACUCUGAAAAUGCAGCAAUAUACAGGGAGAAGAUUUAUUACUGUUCAACUCCGGAAGCAAGGGACAAAUUUAUAGAGAAUCCUGAGAAUUAUAUAAUUAACAAAGAACCAUUAAAGGCUCCACCUCUGAGAGUGCUGUUGAUUGGAAAUAGUGGUGCUGGCAAAACAGUUUGUGCAAGGUGGUUGGCAGAAAAAUUAGGCAUUUUUCAUAUACAGUUUCAUGAGUGCCUGCAAGAGAUAAUGCUGUCCAAACUUCAAAAAAAAAUUGGACCACAGUAUACUGAAGAAGUAAAAGACAAUCCAAAUGAGGAAGCUACUCUAUUGGAGCUAGAAAAUAGUGACUUAAGUAAAGACACGGCAGAAGAUAACACUUUAGAGGAAGAGGUGGUUUUAACAGAUGAAGAAGAAGCAGUCAAAUCAUAUUUAGAAGAUGCAUCUCCAUUGCCAACAGAGCUGCUGGAUCAGAUUGUAACAGACUGGUGGUCAGAAGAACCUUUUCGCUCAGCUGGGUUUAUAUUAGAUGGCUUCCCCAACACAGCAGAAGAGACACAGUACUUAGGAGAGAAGGGCUUUUUCCCAGACAUUGCUGUCUUUCUUGAUGUAGAAGAAAGUGCCAUUUGUGACCGACUUCUUCCUCCACGUUUGGCAAAGUGGAAAGAACUACAGAGAAGAAAAGAGGAGCGCAAACAAAAAUUAAAAGCACUAAAGAAAAAAACAAGGGAUGAUCAGAUUGCAAAAAGAAGGGCUGAAUUAAUAGCUGAACAAAAUAAAAUGAAAGAAGAAAAAGAGGAUCAAGAAGACCCAGAUGAAGAGGAGGGGGAAGAGGAUGAUGAAGGGGAUGACAUUGACCUCAUUCUCUCUGAAGAGUUUCCAGAUGAGGAAGAAGAUGAUGAAGAAGAAGAGGAGUCAGAAUAUGAUGCAGCUGAAAGAAUGAAGAGUGAAAUAGGGGAAAAGUAUGGAGCUGAUGCAGAGUCUCUAGAAUCAGUAAAGGACGAUCUUCAGAGACUUAAGAUUCCUAUUGUGACGAUAAAUGGAGGACGGAAGCUACAUAUUGUGCACUACCAGUUAUUUGAGAAGCUGAAGAAUCUUGUAGAAAACCGUGAAAGCCUAUUUGAAAAAAGCUACCCAAUUAGCCUUGCUAUUGCUAAUAAGAUGCUCCAAAUGUCCUACAAACAACCUAGUGUCUUUGGACGGUGGGACCCAGUCAAGCUAAACCAAGGAGAAGUAAUAAAACCAUUUUUCACACAAGAAAAUCCCGGCAUUCCCUUACUAUACCGCCAAUAUAUUUACUUCUUUUCAACAAAGGAAAACAGGAACAUAUUUAUGAAAAAUCCUAUUAAAUACAUGCAGCAGCCGAAACCCAAACCAUCAGUGCCAAUAAGAAUAACUGUUGUUGGGCCUCCUAAAUCGGGAAAAACUUCAGUUGCUAAGAUGUUUGCAAAUUUAUAUGGACUAAAGAGACUUUCAAUUGGAGAUGCUAUACGCUCAGUUUUGGAAAAUCAGCCAAACACAGAAUUGGCAACAGAAAUAAACAGUAUACUUAGGAAAGGAUUGGUGGUGCCUGAUGAUCUUUCCAUUAAGUGUCUAGAAGUAGCUCUGAUGGAUUUAACUUGCAAUACAAAUGGAGUUGUUUUUGAUGGAUUUCCUGUUACUAAACAUCAAGUAGAUCUUUUGGAAGCCUGCAGCAUAAUUCCUAUAAAAAUAUUUGAGCUGCAAGCCCCCAUAAAGGAAGUGUUAAAAAGAGGACUGGAAGACAAGAACUCUACCAGGCCUUACCCUGCGCACGAUAGCACUCAGAUUCUUGUCGUACGCAACUCCUGUUACAAGCAAGAAAUCGCUCUAAUCAAAGAACACUACUCAAGGCUGCAUCAAAAUUGGUGUGACAUUGAUUCUUUGAGGAGUAAAUGGUGGGUUUCCAACAAAAUUAUUGGAGAAGUUCAGAAAAGUAUCAAUCAAAUACAGUCCUACUUGGAGAGAAUAAAAGAAGGUAAAGCAGCUGGCAUUGCUGACUUCUGCAUCACUCCUCAGGAGCUAGUUUCGCGGCUGGGAGAGUUUGGACAAUAUUGCCCUGUGUGUCUCGCACAAAGGGAAGAGCUUGUUGACUGUUCUGUAAAUCCAUCCCUGCAGUUUGCAGCAGAAUUCCGGGGACACUAUUACAAAAUGGCUUCACAAAAGGAGCUAGAUGCUUUCUUGAAAUCUCCUGAAUUAUAUGUGCCACCUCUUGCACCAUGCCCACUCCCUCCUCCUGAACUGUUACCAAAAAAACUAACUGUGGCUGAUGUGAAGGCAAAAUUUCCCAAAAAUGCAGAAAUGAAAGGGUAUUGCUCAGUUACCUAUGUGGAUGGUAAAAAAAGAUAUGAAGCACUGGUACCUGGCCACAUCGAGAAUGCAGUAGAAUACAGAGAUAAGAUUUAUAUUUUUGAGAGUGAAGAAAAGCUACAGAAGUUCAUGAGACUCCCCAAAAAAUACUGCAAUCAGAAGCUUCCAUGCAAACUGCCCCCAAAAAUGGAACCUGUGCUUUUGACGUCACUUCCUUUAACAGGAUACCUAGAGCAGGGAGCUGCAACUGCUUUAAUAAAAGCAUUAAAUGAUGUAGGCUGCCUAAAGCCCAAGUAUCCAUUCCUAAGCAUCAAAAGAUCUGCCCUGCUCUAUAUUGCUUUACAUUUAAAAGCUUAUAAUCAUCGGAAUUCAGAUUACAUACGGAACAAACACAAGAAAAAGCUGGAACAAUUUGUGGAGCGAUGUGAGCUUAUAACAUACCUUGGAGACACAAUGACUCACAAGUACAAAGAACCCCAAAGAAGGCCCAUUGAUUUUGACUUUAAGAUGAACUCUUUCUUGUCACUGAAAGGCAUGGACCCAACUUGCAUUUAAGAUUUUUGAAAUGUAUAAUGUGCGAUGGUUGUCAUUCAUUGUAAGACUUCUGUAUUUUGUCUUUCUAUUAAAGCAUUUAAGAUAUAA